AUGUGGCACACCAUCAACACCACCACUAGAGAGAGUACACUGGAAGGACUAGAGGCUGACACUGCAUACAGCAUCAGGGUCUCUGCUAACUGUGGCGAAGCAGGGAAGAGUCUACCCAGUCCUGAGACUGUGCUGACUACCAUUAGGGUCACUGAUGCCCAACCGAAGACGAGCAAAUCAACCGGAGCAAAAAGUGAGGAAUUCCUCAAAAAAUCCCAGAAGGUGGAAAAGGGCAACCCCUCAAUCCACUGGCUGAAUCUGGAAGAGAAGUUUGGUGUAAAUGAAUGUUUUGGCCAGUACAGAUUUGGGAGGAAGGUUGAGCAAGGGAAUAACAAGGUGAUAUUGCUUCUGGGGGCCACAGGUGCAGGAAAAACAACUCUGGUCAAUGUCAUGGUAAACUACAUUCUCGGGGUAAAGUGGGAAGACGGUCACCGCUUUAAGCUCAUCCAUGAGGUGACCAACAAGUCACAGGCUGAGAGCCAGACUAUGGUUGUGACAUCAUACGAGCUCUACAACCAGCCAGGCUUUCAGAUUCCUUAUUCUCUGACUAUCGUUGACACACCAGGGUUCGGAGACACCAGAGGAAUGGCUCAGGAUAAAUUGCUCAUCCAGAUGUUGAAGGAUUUCUUGUGUAAUCCUUUAGGGAUUGAUCACAUUGAUGCAGUCUGCUUUGUAGUGCAGGCAUCACUUGUUCGUCUCAGUCCUUCCCAGAGAUACAUCUUUGAUUCCAUCCUGUCCAUCUUUGGAAAGGAUGUUGCUGAAAACAUCCUGAUGCUUGUGACAUUUGUUGAUGGGAAGCAGAUACCGGUGCUAGAGGCCAUCAAAGCUGCAAAUCUGCCCUGUAAGAAAAACAAGAAGGGGCAACCAACCCAUUUCAAAUUCAACAGUUCAAUUCUGUUCUCAAAGAAGAUGGAGAGCAGCAGUGAAGAGGAUGGUGAUGAUGAUGAUCAUAAGUCACAGUGUCCAGAGCAAUGGAGGUCAACUUUCAAGGAGAUGAAGAAAUUUUUCCAAGCACUGGAAAGCAUUGAGAGCAAAGAUCUGACCCUGACAAAGAAAGUGCUGGAAGAACGUGAGCUUCUGGAGAAGACCAUGACACGCCUGACCCCUCAGAUCACAGCAGGUCUGUCAAAGCUAAGUGAGAUCAAAAGCUUCAAACAGUGUCUGGAGAACGAGGACGAGAACAUGAAACAGAACAAAGAUUUUGAGACCGAGGUAGAUGUGCUGCAGGUGAAGAGAAGCAAAUUAUCCCAGGACUUUGCGACAAACUGCAAGGUAUGCAAUUUCACAUGUCACACCUGCUGCUUCCUCCCAAAUGAGGAUGACAUCAAAAGUUGUGCCGUGAUGGAUGAUGAUGGCAACUGCACCGUAUGUCCAGGAAAAUGCUCUUCCAGUGACCACGACAGGGAGAAAGUCUUGUUGACAUAUGAAACAAAGACUGAGAAAAAGACUAUUCAAGAACUGAAGGACAACUUCAUGAAGGCGUGGGGCAAGUAUAUGUCAACCAAGGAGAUGCUGGAUAAGCUUGAGGAUGAGUUUCACAUGAUCGAGGACGCGCUGAUGAAUUUGAUCAAGCAGUCUUCUGACUGUCUCAAGAGACUUAAUGAAGUUGCACUGAAUCCAAGCUCUCUCUCCACUAUGGAAUACAUUGAGAUACUCAUUCGCACAGAGGAGGACGAACGCAAGCCAGGCUUCGAGGAUCGGAUCGUAGGUUUGAAGAAAAUGAAGGCAGAGUCUGAGAUUCUGGACAAGAUUGCAAAAGGAGUAGAUUUACUCCCAAAUGAGCGAAAAUUCAUGAAAGAUAAAGAGGAUAGACGGCAGGUGGUUCCAACAUAA